ACCCGACCCCAUAUUUUUCGUCCUUUAAAAAGAUGGAGUCCUCAGAUCAAAACAUUACGUAUUAGUAAGUUCCAUGCAAAGGACGAACAUUAUAUAAUAACAACUUCUCUUCUUCUCUCUCUUUCUUUUUCUCAAGCUUCUUUAAUGGCGGCUGUUCAAUGUCUCACUUUCCUCUUCUUGUUUCUUCUCCAAAACGCCACGUCAGCUUCACCUCUCCCUUUCUUCCGGCGGCCGAACCAAAGCAACUUCGCCAAGCAUCCUCGCCGGAAUCCGGUGGUUCUGCCGGUGAAUCACAGUAGUUGUGAUCUGUUCGCCGGAGAGUGGGUGCGGGACGAGACAUACCCACUUUACCGGGCUAAAGAAUGCGGUGGAGGAAUCAUAGAUCCGGGAUUUGACUGUCAGACGUACGGCAGACCGGACUCCGACUACCUCAAGUUCCGGUGGAAACCAUUCAACUGCAAUGUCCCUAGAUUCAAUGGGGUGAAGUUUCUACAAGAAAUGAGGGACAAAACGAUAAUGUUCGUUGGUGAUUCGUUGGGUAGAAACCAAUGGGAGUCGUUGAUCUGUAUGAUCUCUUCAUCAGCACCGUCCAUUAAUACACACAUCAUUCAUGAAGAUCCUCUCUCUACCUUCAUGAUCCUUGACUACAACGUGAAAGUGUCAUUCUAUAGAGCUCCUUAUCUUGUAGACAUAGACAAAAUUCACGGAAAGACAACUCUUAAACUCGACGAAAUCUCUGUCGAUGCAUCGACCGCUUGGCGCACAGCCGACGUUCUAUUGUUCAACACUGGUCACUGGUGGAGCCACACAGGGUCUUUACGAGGGUGGGAGCAGAUGGAGACAGGAGGGAGAUAUUACGGCGACAUGGAUAGGUUAGUGGCGUUGAGAAAAGGACUAAGAACAUGGUCUGGUUGGGUCCUUCGUUAUAUCAAUUCGCCUCUCACUAGAGUUUUCUUCCUCUCCGUCUCACCCACACACUACAACCCAAACGAGUGGACCUCAAGAUCAAAAACUUCAACGAUAACUCAGGGAGCCAAAAGCUGCUACGGGCAAACGACACCGUUUAGCGGAACAUCGUAUCCAACAAGUUCUUACGUAAACCAAAAGAAAGUUAUUGACGACGUUGUUAAAGAGAUGAAGUCUCAUGUCUCAUUGAUGGAUAUAACUAUGCUCUCUGCUCUUCGCGUCGACGGUCAUCCUUCCAUAUAUAGUGGAGAUCUCAACCCUUCUCUAAAAAGAAAUCCUGACCGUUCUUCUGAUUGUAGCCAUUGGUGUCUUCCUGGUCUCCCUGAUACUUGGAACCAAUUGUUUUAUGCUGCUUUGUUGUAUUAAUAUUUGAUUAACCAAGAUCAAGCAAGAUCAAGCAAAUAUAUAGUUUCCUAAUUUUUAUUUGUAAGUUCACUAAGUUUGUUACGUUUAAUCAAACAUAUAAUUGUGAUUGGUGAAA